AUGCAUUUUCAUGAUUGUUUGUCGAGUUGUGAUGCUUCAAUUCUUCUUGAUGGACCUAGCACUGAGAAAACUGCUGUUCCUAAUCUUCUUUUAAGAGGUUUUAAUGUUAUUGAAGAUGCUAAAGCAAAGCUUGAGAUGUUAUGUCCUGGAGUUGUUUCGUGCGCUGAUAUUCUUACUCUUGCUGCUCGUGAUUCUGUGGUUCUGACUAGUGGCGUAAGUUGGAGAGUACCGAUGGGACGUAGAGAUGGGAUCAUUUCAUUGGCAUCCGAAACUACCAACUUGCCAGGAUUUAUUGACUCAGUUGAUGUGCAAAAACAAAAAUUUGCUGACAAGGGACUCAAUAUCCAAGAUCUCGUCACUCUUGUCGGUGGACAUACAAUUGGUACUGCAGGAUGUGCUGUAAUUACGGGUAGAUUAUUUAAUUUUAAUGGAACAGCUGGAGCAUCUGAUCCUGCCAUAAGCCCUUCAUUCCUUCCUACAUUAAAAGCUCUUUGCCCUCAAAACGGUGAUGCAAGAAAACGUGUAGCACUUGACACAGAGAGUGAAAAUGAAUUUGAUACAUCUUUCUUUAAAAACUUAAGAGAUGGUAAAGGAGUUAUUCAAUCUGAUCAAGCACUAUGGACUGAUACCUCUACUAAAACCUUCGUUCAACGCUUUUUGGGUAUUAGAGGCCUUCUUGGAUUAACUUUCAAUAUCGAAUUUGGAAAAUCAAUGGUGAAAAUGAGUAAUAUUGAAGUGAAAACAGGUACUGAAGGUGAAAUCAGAAAAGUUUGCAGAUCUAUCAAUCAUUGA